AGUCCUGGCAUCACGAACGGGGAGAUGCUUGUAUGACUUGGGUUAUUUGCUUCACCGGUUGGUUUCUUUUACAGGUAUCUAACAUAUAUGUCUACCUAUCUACGUUGGUGCGCGUCUACAAUCUGUGUAUUCCCCAAAAUACCCCGUUCCAAGUAUGUCAGCAGCACCCGUUGUCGUGGCAAAGUUUCCAUCUCAACAAACUUUUCAUCCUUCCCAGAUACGUGUUCUCCCUAUACCCAGCAGUCAAAGGGGAAAGGGGGAAAAGAGGACAGCAAAAUGCCAACAAUACACGGCCAAUGGGGACACACGAUCCGCCGGUUUUCUUGGGCUGGGCUACUGAGCGAUAUGAGCUGAAGAUUACCAGCGCCCGUUGGAGCCAUACGCUCACAUGGAGCAGUCUUGGAUAUGUUCCCUCACUCUCCAAUUAAAAUCCAGAUAUUUGCAAAACAGAAAUUGUUCGCGAGGCGAGUCUCUUACGCGGCAUGUAGAGGUUUUGGUGCUUGAAGAGGUCCAGUACAACUUCCCAUGUCCAUCCUUUUUCACCUGAAUGAGAGGGCGCGAGCCAGUUGCUUUGGCCGGGAUGAACCUAUUAGCUUCUUAUUUCGGUAUCAACCGCGGAUGACGCACCAGAAAGUCUCGUCUUGGCCAUGUAGUCCGACUUUACCAGCAGCCCGCCUUGUCCGUAUGCCAUCUGCAAGUUGUCCUCCAUAUAUACCCAGCUAAUCUUCCGCCGUGCGGGUAUAUAUCGUAUGAUAACCCAGGAAACCCUGGCGUGUUUUCAACCUGUCCACUCUGGUUGUACUAAUCACUGGGCUCCAAAUCCUGGAAGAAGGAUAUAGAGGGCAACGAACUCGAUUUCGAAGUGGGUGGGAUCCGGCACAUGGGAGCUCUAGAAUGUACUUCAAUAGUAUUAGAGAGACAGCAGCACUAGGUAACAGGAUCAAUGUCAUCCAACAUUACAUCGCACUAGUUUCAAUACUGCUGUAUCGAUGAGAGCAAUCUGCUAGACAUGUACAUGGAUGUCCCAAGGUCAGCGUAGAGCGGAACAUAUUAUCCAUGCCGGAGGCUGUCUCGUAAUUGUUAGUGUAGACAAAGCAAUUAAUAGGAGAAGACGAGACGGAGGUAUGUAGCUCAAGUCCUGCAGAGAUUUGGCACUUUUGUGCAUAUUUUUCAAAUCAGCGCAGGAGAAGUCACGGUCAACGGAGUACCAAAUACUCAGAAGCCUGCCGAGGGCCAAGAGAAGAGAAACGCCAUCUGCUGCUCUGGAGAUUGUAAUCAACUAUCAUAAUAUGGCUGCUGCGGCGUGGUCAUCGCAGCGUCAAGAUAAUGGUGUACGAGUCCAGCAAAAAUAAUUGAUUAAUUAAAGGCGCGUGGUGUUGGAAUGUUGGCGCAGGCGUGGGCGCGCGGGGAAGAACGAGGACUAGCGAACCCUCGCUGGACCGACCAAGGUUUCGCUCUCUCUCGCCCGCUCUUUUCCUUUGCAUCUUCUCCUCAACCCUCACGCUAACUAUCGGCCACUCCCUCCACCCUGACCUCUUCAGAGCAUGUAGCGCUUCAGGUUGACAUCUAUGGUAUAUCUGGAGGUAUUGCUCUCUUUUUUGAUCUACCAAAUCUGCUUCCAAUUGCCAGUCCAGCUCCCCUAGCUACGAACAACCCCAAACCAAAACCACAUCCCGCCCCCAAUAAAGCAGCUACUCGUUUUCACACCGAACGGCCAUUCUAUUUUAUCUUCGACAAGAAAAUUGACAUCGUGACGGCUUCUGGCAUCUCUAUGUUUUGCUAGAAGGCUGUGUUCGCAAGUUGCAUUGCAGCAGGAGAUAGAUCCAUUCAGUCAUGACUCCACGUCGUUCCUCUCGCGCUCGAACAUCCCAACCAUCCGCCGCAAUGCAGCACACAAACUCAUCCAGUUCGUCAAACUCACUCAGCCGUGCCGAAAGGAGCACGCGCUCCAAUAACAUAAUCUCUUCCCCCCGCAGACCCUCCAUCCAACGCUCCGAGUCCACCGAUGACCUCGAGCCAAACGCUAGAUCCGACCUCCCACAAACGCGGCAUCGCCAUCGAGGCCGAAACAACGGCGAACCAGACGAUGCCCUCCAAGCUCCGGGCGAUGGAUAUGAUGAAGAAGAGGGGGAUGAAGAAGAAAUAACUAGAUGUCUCUGUGGGCAGCAGGACUACCCUGGGCUUCCGCUGAUCUACCAGGACGCAGGCAGCGCUAGCGCCACAAAACAGGGUAUGAAGGAGGACUCGACCCAGGGAGCUUCAGGUUCAGCUGAGGACAUGCAGUCCGACGAGCCUGGGAGCUUGUUCAUCCAAUGCGACUCCUGUAAGGUCUGGCAGCAUGGAGGCUGCGUGGGGAUCAUGGAAGUGGCAUCGAGUCCUGAUGAAUACUUCUGUGAAGAAUGUCGGAAAGACCUACACAAGAUCAUUACAGCUUCGAAUGGCCAAAAAUCGUCUCGCUAUCUACCAGUGGUUGGCUCGUCGUCCUCAUCCUCCUCUAGAUCCUCCUCCCUCGACAGUUCCCGAAACCCAAAGGAUAAAAAGACCCGCAGCAGUUCAGGGCCCCUCAGCACCAAGCGCCGCUCGACUAUGAAUAGCCGUGAUGCUGCCUAUGACGAGGAACAGCUGCGGCGAGCGAUUGAGGAGAGCAAGGAAGACACCAAAUCAAUCACUGACGACCUUGGAAGCCGUAGAGGCAAACGAAGUCGAAGCGACAGCGAAGCGAAUAAGCACGCUGCGAAGCGCCAACGUACCGGGUCUCCUGCCUCAUCUCUUUCAAAACAUAGCAACUCUGUAUCCCACCCACCGUCAGAUGACGAAAGCAAACCCAACACCAGUACUUCUCUCGAAGGCAAUGGGAAUAGAAAGACUAGAGGCGUGGCUAGAAUCCAGCGAGAGAGGGAAGCUCAAACUACGGACAAAGAGCCAGAAAAGGAGACAGCAGAGCCUAUAAACCGACGAAAGAGUCGCUCAGAUCGCAGGAAAGAUGAUGAAGAACCUUCCGAGACAGUCUCGCCAACAAAGACGGGCUCGGUUCCUCCCACUAUCACCCAAUCCACCCCUGACACGUCCAGCGUCAUAAACGAGCCAUCCAGCACAAAACCUUUGACCCGCAAAACGGGUCGUCCCCCAGCCCGCCGCGGUCGACUAGGUCGAAAUCAGUAUACUCGAGACCGCGACUCGGUAAACGGCAACGACAUCACCGGCAGUAUCAACUCUCCUCGUCGGGGCCAAUCUCGAGACACUGGGACAGGCGAAUCCCCUACAGGUGGCCAACUUGGAGCAAAUGGUGUCUACCUUAACGGCGGGGAAUCUGGAAAACCUAGUAAACCACGAUAUAUGAACCCGCAACGUACCACGAUGAACGAGAUGAAGAGGCGUGUUGCGGCCAUUCUUGAAUUCAUAUCGCAAUUACAGCUCGACUUGGCUUCUAGCCCAGAACAGAUCAGCGGGACUGGCGGAGAGCUGGCGUCUGGAGUGAAGGCGGCUGCAGCGCAAAUAGCCAAUGGCGACCAUACUCACGGUGAUCAAGCUACGACUGAUGUGGCAGAAAAGGUGGAUACAAAUGGGAGCACGCAGCCCAAGGAAAAGGAGUUUAAGGAUCUAACGAGCCUUGAAAUGAUGGAUGCCCUAACGAGGAAUCUUGUCAAGUGGCAACAGGAGUUUGGGAAGUAUGGAGAGAAGUGAGUUGAAAGAAAAGUGAAGUGAAAAAUGACAAACUAAGCCCUUCACUAUUUAUUCAUUGCUCCAUACACAUCAUGCUCUACAUGGACAUCUGCACAAACACUCUCCUGAUACCCAACCCGACCGACCACCUAGAUUACUCACGAUUAUUUUAUCCCCAUAGCUCAGAAAUCCGUCUCUUUCCCUUCUCGCCAAUUUCUUCUACUAUAUACCCCAAACCCCAACCGAAUCCCCUUACGAUUUUGUUCCCUGAUUGAUAUAAAUACGGACAAUGGCUUUGAGUCUUCCUCUCCCUUCCUGUACUGUACGAUAGAUAAGCGUUCUCCUUCUUUUUCAUUAUUGUCUAUACAAACCAUAUAGCUAGCUAGCUAGCUCUCCCCCUUCGUUUCCACUCUGGCCGCCUUUUUGCCAACUCGACACGAACUUCUUCCUAUUCUAUGACUAUACUAUUUUUACUAUAUGGUGCUGUUCACCAUACCCGACGAUGGAAAAACCGGCAUAUGAUACCAACACGCGAAGCGAGCUGCGAGAAGGGUAUACAAAAAGUUACUGGGCUUUUUUAUCUCUUUUCUCUCCUCCUUGUUGGCUUGGUUGGUUGUCAUUCCCCAUUCCAUUUUUGCAACCGGCGCCUACCCCCUUCGAUGUUGCAUUAUUCCAGUUUUCAACGUCCUCCCUUUUUCUUCUUCGUUGUUGUUGUUGGUAUUGUUAUUGUUAUAUUUACCCCACACGCUUGUUCUUUUCCCCUCGGGCUUCUUCGUGUCUUGCUACUCCCAUGUUAUUGGUAUUAUAGCUAGCAUGUUUCUUAUCUGAGGACUUUUCUUCUAUGAUUUUGUUCUUUUUAUUUUUGUUAUUAUCUUGGCAUAUAUUGAGGGGGGGGAACCAGCGGCGCAUGACUUCUGUUUUGUCUGUUGCUUUCACUACUAUUUUUCACUGAGCAUCUGUAUCACUGAGCCUUUAAUGGGCAAUGGUAAAUAAAUACCUAGUUCGAGUUGUUAAAGUCGCAAAGUUAAGGCUACUACUAGGUACCUACCUACCUAGGUACAUGUACAUGUACAGUAUAUAUGUAUAACCCCACCUCUGAAUAACCAGACCUCAGGGCUUUCUCACUCUUCUGCAACAACAAUUAAAAAUCAUCAGAAAAUUGAGAGUUAGUUUAGCUGGGCAUUUCUCAUGGCAACUGAUGAUGGACGAUGUGUGUGAUUGCAAAGCUUCCAACUUCUGUUGCUGAACCAGUCAGAAUUGUCGGACAUGCUGGUUGGUAUUAUAUUAUUAUAUCGAUCACAAAUGUCCUUUACUCAAAAGAUAUAUUGUAUCAAGGUCAAUUUUGACAAGUAUUUGAAAAUGUCUGAUCUUGACUUUUUAGCAGAUGACAGUCUUUAUUAAUAUUGUCCUUUUCUGUCUCCUUGUCUACUGUUGUUACCCUCUCAAAGGCUAAUAAUAAUGCUUACUCUCUCGGGCUUAAUAUGUUCUCGUACGUUUCUGCCUUAAUCAAUGUUCAGUCUUGCACCACUCCUCCGGAGAUGUUAGUUAUCGAAGAAAUGUUGAUGAAACCCUAUUAAGACCUAUCCGCCACUCUCCAUCGGACAUGCAAAGAUGGCGUCCUUGGAGUUGAGCAAAAUGGCUAGGCUCGUAAGGAUCGCAGGGGAAUGGUGAAGGAAGCACAUCAACAUAUUUAUGAUAACUACCGAGAAAGGACCGCGAAGAUAUGAAAAUUAAUGUGGUCAUUUUCACUAUCGGAGGAACGAAAUUUGUGACAUUUUUUUUUUUUUUUUUUU